CGCCCACUCUCAUCGCAGCGUCCAGCAGCACAGGCUGAAAUCAGAGCGUGUCACUGGGCUGCUGCUGGAUCUCAGGGCCGCUUACCAUCCGGGUUCGCUUUGCCCUAGAAACAAACGCCGCUCUGGACUGACGACUUUUAUUCUUUAUUCCUCCGGUUUGACGUUACAUCGAACUGUUGGACGGGAUAUUAAGGGAUGACCGGUUCUACCCUCAGGAGUGCCUGCAGUCUAUCGUGCUCACGUCGCAUCAGCAAACUGUCAUUUCCCAUCCCAUCAGUGAUGUUUUGACAGAUCGAUGUGUCGUUUGAAUGUGCAACAGGCUCCCGCCAUAUAUUUAUGCGGAUUAUGGAGACGACGGAGCAUCAAAGGAAAGAUGUGUCCUAGUGCUCUACAUCUUUUAGCUAGUGGUUACAGUAUAACCAUUUAUUAAUGCUGUUCCCCAACGACCAUGCUACUUUGAAGGGUGAUAUUUUAUCUGCACACAACUGAACAUCACAUCACUUCAGACAUUUUUUGUAGAGGUUUGUGUAAGAAAUAAGGGGAUUUUAAAUGGCAUCUCAAGUAACGGGGAGGAAAAGAAUCCCCAACCGGGAGAAACUAUCGGCGGAGGAUGAUGCUCUCAUUCAAAUAGCACGAGAGGCGGAGGCAAGAUUGGCAGCUAAACGGGCAGCCCGGGCAGAAGCUCGAGAAAUCCGUAUGAAGGAACUGGAGAGGCAACAGAAAGAGAUUUAUCACGCGCAAAAGAAAUACUAUGGGCUGGACAGCAAAUGGGGCCAUAUUGAACAGUGGAUGGAGGACAGUGAGCGGUAUUCCCGCCACACUCGGAGACAUACCUCGAUAUCAGAUGAUGAAGAGCGGAUGUCUGUAGGCAGUCGAGGAAGUUUGAGGGGCAACCACGCAGAUCUCUGCAGCAGCACCAGCAGUCUGACUUCAGCCAGACUACAAAAUGGACGGCCUUCUGCACUAUUUAUUGAAACCCCUCGCUCAAGAAGUCACAGGGGGUCUCUGCAUGAAGAGAGCUCAUACUCUGCCACUAGGCGUUUCAGUGGCUCCAGCGCUAGAGGCCCUUCAGACUACAAUGGCUUUCUGGGCUCCAGUUCCAGGGCCUCAUCUAGGGCAAGUUCAGCCCGUGCCAGCCCAGUGGUGGAAGAAAGGUCAGACUUUUUGGAAAAGGGGUCCAGAACAGCCUCCACCCUCUCUGCUGCAACUCUAGCCUCUCUGGGCGGAGGCUUAUCCAGAAGAGGGAGCUGUGAUACCUCUAUUUCGGCUGACACUGAGGCCUCCAUAAGGGAAAUGAAGGACUCAUUGGUAGAGGUGGAGGAGAAGUACCGUAAAGCCAUGGUGUCCAUCGCUCAGCUGGACAAUGAGAAGACAAACAUGAUGUAUCAGGUGGACACAUUGAGAGACACGCUAAUGGAGCUGGAGGAACUUCUUUGUGAGACACAGAGAGAGCGUGAGGAGAAAACCAGGGAAUGUGAGCGAGAACGUCACGCGCACAAUGUCUUGAAGUUCCAGUUUGAGGAGAUGAAGGAAACGCUGAAGCAGAGUGAGGAAUUGCUGACGGAAGCCCAACAGUCUCGUGGGAAGCAUGCAGACUAUAUUAGAGAGAUCUCUGACCUCCAAGAAACAUUGGAAUGGAAAGAUAAAAAGAUCCUGGCUUUAGAGAGGCAGAAGGAAUAUUCAGACAUUAUCCAUGAUGAACGGGAGACACUCAGAGACGAGGUUUGCCGGCUUAGGGAUGCUCUCAAGAAAAAUGGCAUCGUGAUGGGAUCUGAGGUGACAGCCAAUGGGAAAGUUGAAGAUGGGGCUAUUGAUAGACAUGUUAAUGCUGAAACAGCCUCUCGAUUGAAUCAGGACUUGUCAAGUGGAGACAGCAUGUUAGAGAUCAGAUUGAGGAAGCUCAUGGAGGAAAGAGAGAGCUUGCUUGACCAGGUGCGGAAGCUUAAAGCCAGUGCAGAGCAGAAACAGAAAAAUGGCACAGAAGAGACAGGAAGCGCAGAUGAAGAUGACCUACAAAAUGGUCUGGACCCUCAUAUCCUAGAUCUGCAGAGAGAUGCUAACAGGCAGAUCAGUGACCUGAAAUUCAAGCUAGUCAAAUCUGAACAAGAAGUCACAGCACUUGAACAAAAUAUCAUUCGACUGGAAGGUCAGGUGAGCCGCUAUAAGACAUCAGCUGAGGCUGCAGAGAAAGUGGAAGAUGAGCUUAAAGUGGAGAAGCGGAAGUUACAGAGGGAGUUGAGGUCUGCACUUGACCGAAUCGAUGAGCUGGAAGCAAGCAACAGCCACCUCACGAAGAGACUAGAGAAGAUGAAGGCCAAUCGGAGUGCACUUCUGGCACAGCAGUGAUGCCUGCCUGUGCCCACUCAACAGUCAGGGCAUGAUUCCCAUCGCUCACUGGCACCAGUGUUCCGCCACGCAUAUACAGCUAAAACUUCAAACAGAAUCAGAUUAGCCAAACCAUACAGCAAUCAUGCUAAUUCCGACUUCAAAAAAUAUAUAUAGAUGACUGACAGACAUAAACAUCAACCUAGUUAGUUUCCAAGCGGAGGACAUAUCAAACAAACAAUCCUGAGGCUCAUUAAAGUGACCUUUAGUUUGGAUUUGCAGAAUUCAGCCCCUCAAUGAGCUCUAAGCACUUGUAAUGGAUUCUGUGUCUACAAACAAACUCAGAGCACAGCUAAGGUGUGUGGACAUGGACUUACAUUAGCAGAUCAUGCACUUUACCUCUGCAUCAGUAUUCAAAUUUAUGUUAUUCGGAAAUGGUAGAUGGAACUGUUUUGCAUAAUGAGGUAAUGGAAUAUGUGCAGUCUGAAGAUGAAAUGAUUGAAUGUAUGCUCUCAUUUAGAGCCAGUUGUGUGCUUUUCUGCACUUUUUUCGUGCUGACGGAGUGUCGUUCAUGCUAUCAAUCACAGGAUAUGUGUGAUAUCACUUUUUGAUUAGGGAUUUGUUGUAAUGUCCAUUUUGAUAUACGCCAAAUCUUGUGUGUUUGUGCUAUUCCGUACAUAAAUGUGUUGGACUAGCACCUCAUGAUGUUAGCCAUUUUUGUUUACAAGCUAAUGAUGAGUAAGGUCCUGAGAGACUUGUUGCGAUGUGACUACAAACGUAAUGCAAUAACAAUGUCAAUAGAACCCUAAGGGGUAUAUUUGUCAAACGUAGAGCUUGAAUACAUCCUGUUACAUAU